CGCAAAAGGAUACGCUUGCGAUGCGUGUAGCGACCGUCGUCGGCCUUCUCGGAACCUGGCUCGCGGUAGGCGUUGCUGCAAGGCAAGAGGCGCGCUGCACGCUCCAGUAUGGCCAGACAUCGGCCACGUGCGAGCUCGCGCACUUUGGAGGCUUUCUAGCGUCGCCAGCCGUCAUCCUCGAUGCCAUCGUGGUCGCUGACCCCCUCCACGCAUGCGCACCUCUGACCAUGGCCGUGCCACCGUCGACGCUCGUGCUGGUCGCUCGCGGCGAAUGUGCGUUCACAGACAAGCUACGCCACGUCGCCGCUGCCGGCAGCACGUGCAUGGCCGUCAUGAACCACAACGAUGAAGUGUUUCCGAUGGCCUCGACCGAGAUUGCAAACCAGAGUGUCCUCGCGGUCGUGCUUGGCCGCUCCGACAGCGUAGCGUUGCGCACGGCCAUGGCGACCAACGCGCAUCUUCCAGCCUCGUUCCGCACGUCAACGCAUUGGUUGCAGCAGUGCUCGUCGCGGCUUGAAGCGCUCUUGUCGACAAAUGUGCCGCGCGCCGCUGCCACGACGUUCACGGCAUGUGCUCGGCUGCUGGACGCCGACAAUUCGGUCGACUCGGCGGUCCACGCGGCGUUCUAUAUUGAUGCGAUGACGCGCUUCGCCAGCGAUGCGCAUCGUGCGUGGGACGCUCUUCAGUUUGCUGCUGUGCACAGCGCUGUCGCCGUCGCCGCGGUCGCACCCAGCGCCAACCAUUGGCUGGUUGCCGCCGAACAGUUGCAGCUCUGGGGCCGCCUCGACGACGCAGCAAUGUACUAUACGCACGCACUGGGGCUCGACUUGUCGCCGACGCAGCACACCCGCGCAGUCUGCGGCGCAGGCCUCACGGCCUUUCUGCGGGCUGAAAUCGUCGAGGCCAAGGCGCUCUAUGACGCCUGCGAGACCGUCGCAUCGCACGCAUUUCCGACGCUGUUUGCCGUGGCCGUCGACAGCUUUCGCAGUCUCUUUUCGAAAAGAGACGUCGAUGCGUUGCUCGAGGUACUGCGUGGCCAAAAUGCGUCGCUUUUGUGUCGCCAUCAAGUGGAGAAUGGGCGCGUCACAUUGCAGUUUGCGUCACCGAUCGUGCGCUACUACUAUGAGACAUGUACGCAAAUGGGGGUCUUCCUCGACGAGCUGGGGGCGUUCGAAGCGUCGCUGGCACAUUUCCAACGCGGCCUUGCGCUCUGUGGCAAAGCCUCUGGCCUUCACGUGCGGCUGGCGCUGGCGAUUCCAUCGGUCUUUGACUCUCUCCCCGCCAUGGAGGCAUACAUGAAGGCGCUGUCGACCCGCGUUGACGCACUCACAAACGACGACCUAGCACCAGACGUACAGAGCGCACUGCGACCAGACGACGCGGGGUACCUCGCAUGGACGAUCACACCGCCAACCAUGCUGCUUGGUUACCAGGUUCGUCAAGCUCUCUGGCGAGUACUGCUAGGACAUUUCUUGCAGGGCUUGCCGACUGCCGAUGUGCAGGCCCGCAUCGUUGCCAUGUACGAGCGACUGUACCCGGCAGCGCUCUCCUCUGCGACGGAGGUGGCGUCAUUGCACGUUGCCACCAAGAGACGCGUGGCGUUUGUCUCGUCAUGGUUUCGGUCCCACUCGGUGGGGAAGCUUCUCCGAGGCAUUUUAGAGCACCUGGAUCGGGCAACGCUCGAGGUGGCGGUGUAUACGUCGUCGCACUUUUUCCCGAUCUCGACCACGGACACCAUCACGGCGGCGAUCAUGGACGCCGUGGAUCGUUUCGUGGUGCUGCCACACGACGCUGUGGAGGCGCUUGCCCUCUUGCGCGCCGACGCGAUCGACGUGGUCGUGUUUCCAGAACUUGGUAUGGACGCGUGGACGAGCUUCCUUGCCCACCACCGGUUUGGCCGCGUCCAGUGCGUCUUUUGGGGCCACCCGAUCACGACGGGUUUAGUCGACAGCAUCGACUACUUUCUUGGCUCGGAUCUCUACUGGGACGACGACGACGACGAACAAGCAGAUGCAGCCUACUACACGGAGCAGCGUGUUCGGUUCUCGAGUCUCUCGACGUACUUUUACCAGCCAGAGCCAGUCGCGUUGCAUGUGACAGCCCGCGAUCACUUUCACUUGCCGCCUUCCAGUCACGUGUACCUAUGUCCCCAAACGCUCAUGAAGCUUCACCCCGCGCUGGACGUCAUUUUCAGAGACAUUCUCACAAGCGACCCCAACGGGCUCGUCGUCCUUCUCUACUCGCCGCGCCAAAUCGUGUGGAAGCACCGGGUCCGGGACCGACUUGCUCAAUUCGCGCCAGCCGUCCACGACCGCAUCCUCUUUCUCGAGACGCAACCGUACGACAAAUUUCUCUCCCUCCUCGCGACCUCGGAUGUGCUUCUCGACCCGUUCCCGUUUGGCGGCGGCGUCACGACCCUCGACGCCCUCGUCGUGGGACUACCGGUCGUGACGUUGCCGGCCAAACAGACAGUGGUGACGCUCGCGGCGGGCUUUUGUCGCCGCCUCAACCUCUCGACGUGUAUCGUGCAGGAUGAAGCGGCGUUUGUGGCGACAGCGGUCGCGCUCGCAUGCGACAAGGCGCUUCAAGCGAGCGUCCGCCAAGAGAUUCGGGACGCCCAUCGGGCUUUGUACCACGACAAGGCGGCGGUCGACGAGUGGAGUGCCUUCUUGCGCACCGUGUAGCCUACUCGUGCUAAGCAGCUUGACGGGUGUCUGCGACGGUGUGUGUUGAAUCUGCAGUCGUCGGCCUUUGUCAUGUCGUUCGUCAUUCACUCGCCAAAACUUGGAGUGUUCCGGUAAGGGGCAAUAAGAAAUGACUCUUGG